AUGGUCCGAUACGCUGCUACCGCUGCCAAUCCCUCCAAGGAUAUUGAGAGACAAAAGUACUCACUAUUCAAGAACACUCACGAAGUCGCUGCUGCCAUCAAGGGCUUGAAGUUGAGCAAGGCUUACAGCUACUUGAACAAUGUUAAGGAGCACAAGCAGUGCAUUCCUUUCCGUCGCUUCAACGGUGGUGUUGGUCGCACCGCUCAGGCCAAGGAAUUCGGUACCACCCAAGGUCGCUGGCCCGUCAAGUCCGUCAAGUUCGUCCUUGACUUGUUGAAGAACGCUGAAUCCAACGCCGAGGCCAAGGGUUUGAACGUCGAAGAGCUCUACAUCUCCAGCAUUGUUGUGAACCAAGCUCCCAAGCACCGUCGCAGAACCUACCGCGCUCACGGUAGAAUCAACCCCUUCAUGACCUCUCCUUGCCACAUCGAAGUCAUCCUCAACGAGAAGGACGAAGUCGUUCCCCGUGCUACCGACAAGGGUGUUGUGCGUUUGAAUGCUCGCCAGUUGGCUCGCAAGAACCGUCUUGCUGCUCGCGCUUAAAUUU